UCCACAUAGCUUGAGCCUUGUGAGUCUCGGCUCCUGGCUGCCUUCCACAUUCCACUCCCAUCUCGGAACCCAGGCAUCCUGGCCUCCAGAUGAAACAGCUGCUGUGACUCCCGGCCCCCCGCCCCCCCAAUCCCUGGCCCCGUGACUCAGGCUCUCUGAAGGGACCGGCCCCGCUUCUUGGCAUUCACCGGGAAAGGGGGGUGGAGGGGGCCUGGCGGGGUGGGGGCUAGGUGGUGACAUCACAGUGGAAGGGUAUAAAAGCUUCGAGCCAAAACAGAAUUGAAAUUGAGGACACUGACAAAACCUGCCCGCAAGCCUGUGCUCCCGGGGUCGCCCCAGCCUCACGCCCACAGACCACUGGUGGGAGAUUUGCACCGCGGUGAGACCUCUCGGCUGACUCCAUGCCGGGCUCUCCCUACCUUCUGUGUCUCCUGGCUGUCACCUUCUCCUUAGUUCCCAGAACGCAGCCCUUGGCCCCUCAAGAUCUUAUGGAAGAGGAGGAAGAUGAGACGUCCCGGCCACCCCUGCCGCCUGUCCUCUGUGACUAUGACAGCUGCCGGCACCUGCAGGUGCCAUGCAAGGAGCUGCAGAGGGCUGGGCCCAGAGCCUGCCUGUGCCCUGGGCUCUCCAGCCCUGCCCAGCCGCCUGCCCCGCCACGCCUAGGAGAAGUGCAUGUGGUGGCCGAGGACGGAAGCGCAAUGGUGCACUGGUGUGCUCCCUCCUCGCCCGUCCACCAGUACUGGUUGCUGCUUUGGGAAGACCGUGAGGCCACCUGGAAGGGGCCCCCGCUCAACUCCACGGUCCGCAGAGCAGAACUGAAAGGACUGAAGCCCGGGGGAGAUUAUGUCGUUUGCGUGGUGGCUGCCAACGGGGCUGGAGAAAGCAGUGUGCCUGGGACAGGUGGAGAGGGCCUCGAGGGGGUGGGUGGCCCGACUUUCGGGCCCUGCGGCAGGCUGGCCGUGCCCCCCAGACCCGUUACCCUGGUGCACACAGCCAUCGGGGUGGGCACGGUGCUGGCCCUGCUGACCUGCUUAGCUCUGGUCUGGCAUUUCUGCUUGCGUGAGCGCUGGGGCUGCCCCCACCGACCGGCCUCCCAGCCUGCAGUAGGGCUCUGAAGCAGCCUGGGGGGGCCUCUUGGGGCCCAGCUGAACCCAGGCUUGGCGAGGAGAGCUUAGCCUGGGUUUCCUGGGAGGAGGCGGCUGCUGCUGCUGCCCUGAGCAGCCCUGGGGUUGGGGGGCUGUUGAGGGGGAUGCGUGGAGAGUAGAAGGCCUGGAGCCUGAGGCCCUAUCUGAGUCUCAGUGCUCAGCCCCAGAACUUGUUCAGGUCCCAGACUUUCCGUCCUGCUCCAGCCUCAGGUUUGGAAAGGAGCAGAGGGAGGGUGGCAACCUUUUCCUUAGAGGACCAGAUGGUAAAUAACGUAGGCUUUGCAGUUCCAGACAAUUAAAAUCAAAGAUAAAACGUAGGUACUUGUAUAGCCACAGAACUGUGUAAAAACAUAAAAACCAUUCUUAGCUCAUAGGCCUUUCCUUUUCGGAUCAGGCCUGGCCGUGUUAGGCCUGUUGGCUGCAGUGAGCGGAUCCUAAUCCCCAUCAUAUACCCUCAAAAGUGCCCUGUCACAUUGGUGGCUUUGGUGGGCUUUUGAGAACAAUUUGGGAGUUUGGGGCAAGACUACUCCCUCUUUUACCUUUCCUUUGGAUAUUGAAGGUGGGCACCCCUGUGUCAGAGUCCACCUGUGUCAGAAGUGGGUGGAAAUGAAUGACUGACAUAGGGUGGAGAACCAUGCUGUCUGGGGCAUUUCCCAGGAAAUCCAAGGAUUUCCCCCACUUUCCCUCAAUCUGUGUCUGCUGUAUUUCCACUGUACCAACAUUAAAGGAAAUAUAAAAGGAA